AUGACCGAAGCGCCCGGCGAAAAGACAGCGGAGCGACAUGGCGGCUUGGACUCCCCCGAUGGUAACUCGCCCGACGCCGAGUCGACUACCGUACGAAAUGGUAACGUUGCCGAGAAUAAAGAAAGCCGUUCCGCUGGCGAGAUUCUUGGUAACCAUGAGCCGGAGAUUUAUUCCGUCUUUUCUCCCCGGACGAAGGUCUUCCUCGUCCUCAUGACCGUUUUCGCCACGCUGUUCUCGCCCUUCUCUUCUUUUAUAUACUUACCUGCUAUCACGCCCAUCGCAGAAUCAUACGGCCGCUCCAUUGCUGAAAUCAAUCUCACCGUAACCCUAUAUCAGGUUAUGCAAGCUGUUGCGCCGCUAUUCCUCGGCGAUCUUAGCGAUCAGGUCGGCCGCCGUCCCGUUUACAUGCUCACCUUUGCUAUCUACUUGGGCGCCAACAUCGCGCUGGCUUUGCAGAAUAACUACGCGGCUCUGAUGGUACUGCGAGCCUUGCAGAGCACCGGUAGUAGCGCUACCGUUGCUAUUGGCAGUGCUGUCAUGGCCGACUUCACCACGAGCGCCGACAGGGGUGGCUACAUCACAGCUGUGCAAGCGAGCGUUAUGUUUGCGCCUGCUCUAGCUCCUGUUUUAGGCGGAAUAUUAACCCAGUUCCUUGGUUGGCGUUCGACGUUUUGGUUUCUCGUCAUUGCCGCCGGCGUGUUUCUGCUUAUCUACAUACCGUUUGUUCCCGAGACCGCUCGUAAUAUAGUUGGGAAUGGAUCCAUUCCCCCACCACGACUGAACAUGUCUUUUGCAUCUGCUUACCGAUGGCGCAAGAAGCGCCGCGGCGUUGAAUCGCAGUCCGGCGGUUCAACUUUACCGCAACCGAAGAAGAUUCCGAGGAAGAUCCCCGUACCCAAUGUGCUUGCCGCGGUGCUUAUAAUCUUCGAGAAAGACGUCGGCUCCCUCAUGCUCUUCAUGUCCUUGUUCGUAAUGGCUAACUACGCCAUGCUGGUUCCUCUACAAGACGUCAUCCGCCGCCAGUAUAAUUUCAACGACCUACAGGUUGGGCUAUGCUACAUCCCCUAUGCAGUGGGGUCAGUCUUCGGGGCGACCGUCGUUGGUAAACUACUAAACUGGAACUAUACGCGGGUUGCCAAAAGCAUUGGUGUGUCGCCGGAUCGCAAACGAGGCGACGAUAUGCGUAAAUUCCCAAUUGAGAGGGCUCGACUGGACCUGAUGUGGCCGUGGACAAUUCUAGCUGUAGCUAUGAUUAUAGCAUGGGGAUGGGUCGUCAAUUCAGGAACCAGCCUCGCUGCACCCCUGGUAGUCCUGUUCUUUGGUGGUGCUGGUUUAAGCGGGCCUGUGAGCAUCUUGACAACAUUGCUAGUCGAUCUCUAUCCCAUGAACCCCGGACGAGUCUCUUCUACGUUCAACUUAACGCGCGCCGCACUUAGCGCCGUCGGGACUGCCGUAGUGCAGUACAUUAUUGAUGCGUGGGGUUAUGGUUUCACGUACCUUUUCAUGGGUUGUAUUGUGUUGGCGGCAAGUCCGUGCAUUAUAAUAGUAAGGAAAUGGGGUCCCAAGUGGCGAGAGGAGAGAUACCAGCGCUUUGAAAAGAAAGGGAGUUUAUGA